GACCCUCUCCGGCUGAAGCGGCGAUGGCGACGGGAGAUGGAGGCGAGGAGGAGCCGCCUCGGGGAAAGGAGCCCGGGCCGCACCUCGGGCCCAGCGGCAUCCUGGGGCAAAUGGACAAACGGAGGAUGUGCCGAGACCCCCCCGUAGAAAAAAGAGGUCCCUACAUUAUGAACAAACCAUCUUCUAUUCAGGAUAAGCUACGCAGGACGGCUACCGCCUGGACGAGAUCCCUGAUGACGAGGAUCUCGAUCUGAUCCCCCCGAAGCCCAUUUCGUCCUCACCUUGCUCCUGUUGCUUUGGCGACUCCGCCUCCUGCUCCAUCCAAUAGGAAGAAGCCUCGGAGGGCUGCUGCACUAACACGGGUCAAGAAUUCAGCACUUUCUCCCUCCCCCCCCCCUCCAGUUCCUCUCUUUGUUUUGGAUCCCUGCUGAAUUUUAGGUCAAAUCAGCGGGUCGGAGCCGGGGAUGGGGCGCUAACUCUGGAGAUCCGGCCCCUGGAAGGGCAAGGCAGUGUACUGUUGGCACCUUGCUCAAGAGCUCCCUAGUGUCUUCUGAAUGGUGCAACGUAGAAGUGUAUUAACUCUUUAUCCAGGAGCCCGGUGGACGCCUUGUGCCAAGAGAAGUUGCUUCUCUGGCCAAGGUUCAGCGCUCCUGAGGGGACUAAUCAGGAGGCAAGGGGUUCUCCCCCAUAAAAGGUGAACAGAAAAACCUGUGUGCGUGUGUGUGUGUGCGUGUAAAAAGCGAACAACAGCAAUUCCGAUAACUAGGUUUCGCAAUACGUUGGGGUUGCGGAGGCCCACACAUGAAGGAAAAGAGAAACCCUCAAUGCUGCCUAGAAGGGGAGAGAUUUACUCCCCGGUUGCUUUUUCUGACGAGAGAGAGAGAAGUUCUUGAGAUGUUUAUGCACGACCUCCCUUCAGAAUGGAGUUCUUGCCUUGCACAAGGGUGGGGAGAGCUGCUUGCACAAAGGUUUCUUGACGAGGUGGGCCUUUUGUUCGUCUACACCUUGUUGGUGGCUUUAGUUACUACAACUGUGGGGUCUCUCGUUCCGUUCUCUUUCGGAAGUAAAAGGGAAGGGAGGUUGAAGACGCCGGAGCUCUAAUCGUCAGCCUUUAAUUGAUCCCCCGAAAGAGUCUCAAGGCAACCUCACCUUCCAAUAGCUUCUCCUUCUGUCUGAAGGUUGACCCUCUCAGAUCUAGGGGCAUUUGGGCCACGAAACUGCAAAUCUUGGAAACUAUUGGCCUUAAUGUGGGAGAGAUGGCUGAUAAUUCUUGAUUUAUUUGGUAGAUGGGAUUUUUUUUUGGGGGGGGGUGUCGCGUUGGACCCAUUUCCUUUUUUGGGGGGUGGAAUUAAACGGAAUAAGAGUUGAAGCUAAGUGAGGAGGACAAAGUUGAAACUCCUUAAGCCAGCUGGCCUCCUCAUCAGCUUUGCUGGUCACAUACAGCUCUUAACAUUCUCAACCUAUCUGUUACUUUUAACGUUUUCUCUGAACUUGGCGUCCUUCAAAUGAACGGAGGCCCUAUCAUCCCCAUACUGAGAAACAGCCUAUGGAGACCACCAAGGGUCUCCUUGCAUUAAAUUAACCCAUGGAAAAGGACCCUUGCAUGCUCUCGGCCCCACUUCAUCUCUGGCUCUUCCUGUAAGAAAGGAUGGGUUUUUAGGCAGCUGGCAGAGAGUGUGUAAAUGUGUAACUUGGGUGGCAAUCAAUUCUGGGGAAGAAGUCAAGAUCUUGUCUUCCUAGGUCACCAGUACUGAUUGACCCAGAACAGAAACGGUCUCUUGUCUUUGACCAUUUCUAAUCCGUUGUUCUGAAGCAGCAUGUCUCAACCGACGUCUCGGAGAUUUUGACGGGACAGUCAGAAUAUCUAUCUCUAGUGGGAUUUCUGGAUGUUGGAUAGGAUGCUCUGGAACUGGGAUGGGAGAUGUUCUACUCUAGGAAAGUGUAGUGGAAUUCAUCAACAUGAAAUUGUCCAACUUCGCUUCCUCGGUUGUGGCGGGGGGGACGGGGGACUCAAUGUCAUCUCCCAAGUUUGAUCGUAGAAGAUCUGGAGUUCUUCCACUGCAUCCCUGCGAUUUGAGAAGGAUGUCCCAGUGUUGACCUGUUAAACAUCUCGCUCGUCGCAGUCCCCCCCCCCAAAAAAAUUAAAUCCCUUUCUUCCUCAUACGCACAACUUGCUCUUGAGGCUUAUGUCUUGUGACUCUCUCAAAAGGGAAUGGGAUUAAUUUGCCGUGACCAACUCAGCAAGUCCACUUAAAUUAUUUGAAAUAAUUUUAAAAAUUAUUUAAAUUUUGGUCUCAUUCACAUUUCUUUUGGUCCCUUUCUUUAAUGAUUCUAUUCCACCCUUUUUUGAUAUAUUAGUGUCACUCUUGUCCCGUAGCGAGUUGGCUGCGGUGAGUUGGCGUAAGUCCUCUCAAAGUCAACGUCUCCUCCGGCUUCGGUUGACGUGAUCCGGGGUGAAACACAGAGAUGCCAUUGGAAAUUUUGCAGAGCUUCCUGACGUGGGUUGCAAAAGCUAUGGGUGGCCAGUAGAUGGCAGCCAAAACACAGCAUUACAGCUGCUUCUAGGCUGCCAUCUACUGAUUAUCUGGAUUUUGUUCAAUCCCAAAUCUGAUUUCUCCAGCCAUUUUUAAUCAAACAUUCCAACAUCAGUUACUAGCAGGUACACUGAUUUGGGGUUUGGGUUUUGUUUUUGUUUUGCCCUGCUGGAACACAUCACCAGCAAGUUAAUGUUUUUAAAAAGUGACCUUCUAUGUACAAAUCUUUGCAGAAUUGGCUUGGUAAAGCUAUAAAAUUGGCAUUUCCCAAUUUUCUCCCUCCAUCUGUGCCCUGAUUACAAUUGCUCCUAUUGCUAUUGCUAUAAGAGUACCAAGUGUCAUUUCUUCAGUGUCACGUGAAAAGAUAUACCAAAAUAUUUAUAAAAUCUAGCAGGCAUCAUACAAACGCAUCCUUUCCACUCGUCUGCUGCAAUGCUGAGGGAACGGAUGAUUCUACAGGCAUUUUUAGAACUGACCCCACUCCCCCAUUAAAUCUGCCCAGACGACUUUAAUUUUUAAAGCUGCCUUAAAGCACUAAAAUGCAUUACAUGAAGUUUUUUCUUCUUUAAAAAAAACAAAAACGAACAGCACAGAAGACAAUCUUACGGGAUAUUUAAUAUUAUUGUAUACUCAGUUAAUUGUGUAUCUUUUUUUUUUGUACAGUCUUAACCAAGAAAAGAGUCUUAUCAAAUAAAGUAGCUUCUACUCUA